AAUGAAUAAAGAAUCAAGCAGAUAAACUUUUGAAUAAAAAUUUAAAUAUCUUGCCAAGAAAAGAUUAUUAGCUUAUCAGAAACUAAUAAACAAUUAAAACUUUAUUAAGCUAAAAGAAGAAACUGAUUUUCUAGAGGGUAUAAAUUCAAAAUCUCAAAUGUAUGAAGAAGGCUAAAAGGAAUUUAAUUAGAAAUUCUCAAAAUAAUACAAUAACAUACAAACUUUAUACAAAAAAUGCAUUUAAAAUAAACAUAAUAAUAAUUAGAGAAAUAAAUUAAGAAGAGAAAAAAUAACUUUUAAUAUUAACAAAGAUCUUUAAGAAUGAAUUCUCUCUCUAUUUAUUAUUAUUUAACCA